AUGCGCGCGGCGACGACGACCCUCGCGCCCGCGCGCGCGACGACGCGCAGGACGCGAACGACGCGGACCGAUGCGCGACGCGCGGUGACGCGCGCGGCGACGAAAGCGACGACGGACGUGACGACGACGACGCGGCGGGAACUCGCGGCGAAGACGCUCGCGGCGAUGGCGCUCACGGCGACGCCGACGAUCGGCGCGUUCGCGGGACCGGCGCACGCGCUGAGCGGGAUGAACGCGGUGAAGGACACGCGCGAGGGGUACGAGUUCCUGUACCCGGUGGGAUGGCAAGAGAUUCAGGUGGACGGGCAGGCGGCGGUGUACAAGGAUAUCAUCGAACCCCUGGAGAGCGUGGCGUUGAACGUGUACCCGACGCAACGGGAGAGCGUGAAGGACAUCGGAACGGCGGAUGAGGUGGCGAAGACGCUGGUCGGGAAGGCGCUCACCGCGCCGGGGGCGCAGGCGAAGGUGCUGGCGACGAGCGAACGCACGGAUAAGGACGGACACCUGUAUUACCAGUUUGAGUUUGUCACGAAGACGCAGAGCUACGAGAGACACGCGCUGACGGUGGUGACGGUGACGCAAGGAAAGUUCUACACGCUCACCACGGGCUCGAGCGAGAAGCGCUGGAAGAAGAUGAAGGAACGCCUUCUCGCGACGGUUGGCUCGUUCAGCGUCUACUAUUAA